GCCACUGUAAGCCGUAUAUCAGCGGUCCCCAACACCAACGUGCACGCAGUCGAGGGCAGCAACCCUGUAUGGAUGGGCGCCUUCGAUAACACGUGUUACAAGCUGGACUCGCCCGAUGGACAGCCGAGCAGCAGCCGUCUCUAUGUGGAGGGCGACAGUCUGGACGAGGAGGGCGACAGUCUGGACGAGAACGCCCUCACCGACAGCCUGACACUGUCUGUACAGCAGCAGCAGGAGCUGUUUGCCCAACAACAGAGCAGCAGGUCAUCAGCCCGAUCUUCUGUCAACUACAACACUCCAGACCCAAGUCACAAAACCACCAACGAUCUGGGCCGAUAUCAGCAAAACAUCCUCAGUCAAACUGACCGCCUCAUGCCCCGAGGAAAACACGUCGAAACCACAGAGUUGUGACGGCCCGAGGCCGCCGCGCCAGAGACAACUCGUGGCAGAAAAAGGAACUCGAACUGUCGGGUGUCUCCGCGCGGUGGCGCUAGUGCUGAAAGCGAGGCUUGAUGAGAAAAUUUGAUGCCAAAAGUAAGUUGGCAUUUGGAUUGAAAGAGAAGUGAGUGUUUUGUGUGGUGAAUGAACUAAGCCAUGUUUUCUAGCGUGUAUUCUGUAUUUAUCUGUGCCUACUACUUGUAAGAUGUCGCAUGCAUUGCUGCGUAACGUAUAGGUAAGCAGUGAGAAGGUGUGAACGACUGCAUCAUGUUGCCAGGAUACAUGUUUGAGGCGUAAUUGCUUGCUUGUGGUAUUUGUACGACCAAUUAUCAGUCGUUUUAUCUCUCCAUACAUGAAUGGUAGGGAUGAGCCCUUGUAAACACGGACAAACAUCAGGCAAUGCAUUCGUAUUCUGUACUGGCAACGAGUUGAUGGAGCCUUGACUGCUGGCUUUGGGGACAUUGAGUUUCUACUUUUUAGUUUGAAGAAAUGAAUAAGGCUGUAUAACCAGUUACUCUAAUAAUCAUUUGGAGUAUGUGUCGAUUGAGUCAAAACAAAGUCGAAUAAGUAAUCGAAUGCCCCAGAGAACCCGCUUAUGCCAAGCUUAUUCUAAUCGAACCAAGAGUAUAGAAACACAGCAUGUGUGAGCAUGUAUCGUGUCGUAGCUACGUCAAUGACCAUAUACGUAGAUGCAUGAAUGCGAGGUUUCCAACUUUGUAAGCUACGCUUUAGAAUCUAGAUGUGUGUCUAUGCUUACUGUUCAGAUAUGUUUUGAUCCAUUGAAAAUCGUGAUUCAUACUAACAACACAAGUGUCUACGAUGAGCAUCGUAUAUGUGUGAUUGCGGUUUGCGUGAAAUGUUUCAAAAUUGAUGUGGUUUUGUGACUAACAUGAUACCUAUGGUAUGCGAGUUUCGAUGACUCGCGUACUAACGUAUUACGUGCGCAAAUAGAACACCUCAUCGCCACGCAUCGAACCUAAUAAACUGAUCGUUUGUA